CCGACCAGUUUGAAGUUUGACGAUGUUCGUGAAUGUUUGUAAACGGUUUCUUUAAUUUAAACUAGUUGUUCAAUUAACAGCACAUCUUACUCACCACAAAAGUCAUGUAAUAACCUCACUCAUGUUACCUGUUGCGUCCACUUUUUAUUGCCAUAUUAAACAAUACUAACACAAUUCCAAUCCCCGAAAGCUGGACGAAGCUCUCUUUGAUGUACAAACCACAAUGUAAGUGAUAAGAAAGAGCCAUGUACCGACCUCCAGAGAACAGUAAUCGGGUCAAAUCCAUCAAAACAAGAUUCGAAAACGUCGAACCUAGCAAACCGAACGUCCCGAAACGAGAUUUAAACGCUAAUAAUAACAAUUCGGCGGCUGCUACUUGGGUUGUGCAAAAUCUGACAAGGCAGCUGAGCGAUCCGGCACGAAAAAACAUCAAAAGAUCGCCAGCGUUCCGGAUUGAUAUUAACCCAGAAAAAGGUAACUCGUUUGAGAGGAGCACGGCUUGCAAUAGAAGUUUUUAUUUCGAGAGACUGCAGCAGUAUAACACUGCUUUGAAAAGCAACGAUGGUAGGAAAACCGCUGUGAUUAAGACUGACAAGUUAGAUUGUAGAAAGAACGAACAGGGCAACCAGUGUGCAAAGUUGCCACCUCUGGUCAAGUCUAAAAGCUCUCUUGACUUUACUUUAAUACGACGAAAGUUUGAGAAAAAUGACGAUUUGAAAGAAAACGUGACAAAUGAGAACAUUCCCGAUGUUAAAGACCCUUGUUUUUAUACAAAACCGAUUCCUAAAGCUUUAAGACACAAAGAUACAACGACAAUAGUGAGAAAUGACGGUAUUGAGAUUAGUAAUGAUCUGGACAAAGAAGAUAUUAAUAAAAGUACGGAGGUAGAAGAGAGUGUUGGUCUCACUGACACGCUAAAAGCGGCAUUGAAAAGACCGCUGCCCCCAGGGCCGGCGCCCCAAAAACCCCCGAGAACGUUUGAACACACUCCAGUCAAAGAAGACACUAAAAACGUGUCAUUUUUACAUAAUCAUCAAAAAAAUCAACACCAAGUGGUGAAAAAUACAAAAAAGGUGUACAAACACGACCCUAGGUACAUGUUGAACAAACUCGAAACGGCUUUAAGGAAUAAUAAGCUCCGAACGAAGAAACCAGUGAAACUUGAGGCGUCCACGACUUCCGGUGAAGACAGCGAUGACAGCGUUUUAUACAAAAGUAAAUCACAGAAGCCUUUUUCGCCCAUUCCUGACACCCCCAGUGAUGAUAAUCCCUUCAAUUUUAACUGUUUUAACGGGCUGACUUGUCACUCAACGUACGAAAAAAUUAGAGAGCCUAAUUCAGCUUUCUUUGUUAACUGUGCCCCUGAGCCUGUCUAUGCUGAGCCCUUUGACUUCUCACGAGCUUCUAACACUGAGGCGCUAAAGAAUAUCAGGAACGAGGAAAAGUCGACGGAAAAUCUCUACUACUUGAGCACUCCACUGUUAUGUGAGGAAGAAAACAAUGGUUGCUUGAAUAUGGACGGAAAUUUAAACAAUCAGGUUUCUGGCGACAAUUCGUCGACAUCUUCAGGCACGUCGCUCGACAUGGGCGCGCCAGGGGCGACCGACUCGUCUGAAAGCCCUUCCAAAAUCAAACACCUGAUUAACGCGUUUGAAACGAAGCAGACGCCCACCACGUCCAAAAAAGAUAACCAGGUUGCUUCCGACGGAUCUCACCGGAUCGAAGAACUGAAGCUGUCGCUGCAGCGAACGUUGGAAAGGACUUUCGAUUCGGACACGAAGGAGUGGAACGAGCAAAAGUCCAUCGAAAAACCGUCGACGCCGGUGGAUUUCAUGAUCAAUAAAUUCCAAACCUACGUGAAAACGAUGCCAAAAUAUCAAAAACCCAAACUGAAUAAGGACAAUCAGUUGUUUUAUUGUUGUUUGGUGGUGGGGUGGAGCGACAAGCCGAAGAUAAAGUUCAGAUAUCCGGCGAAUGUGAAGAUUCCUCACCGGAUUGAAGAUCUGUGUUACCCGGAAGUCGCCAGUGGUCCUUUAGACAUAUCCGAUAAUGCUCAGUGUUACACUCUAGUGAUAACGAAUGAUAAAGGCGAGCGCACGUUCGGGUACUGCCGCAGGGUCAUUCCAGAGGGUUCAACGAAAUGCAUCCCUUUAGCCUACUGUUUACUAAGUAAACACAGAGCGCCUCGUUUUUAUAAAAAAAUAUUAACAGAAUUAGAGUCACGUCAUGGCAUCCCCGACAAACUCCGAGACGAACUAAUAAGUAAAUUCUACCACAACAAAUUCCCUCGGCCUGGAGAAUCCGUCAAACUCGACUUAAGCGAUUUCACGAACGAAGUACCAAAAAAUAGUCACCUACAAGUACAAAACAAUCGAGAUUCGUGCGACUUAUCCACUUUUGUGCAAGUUAACGUGAACGGGGGUUAUGGUACAAUAAAUCAAACUAAAGUAACGUCAUCCAAUACUCGAGAUGUUUUAGUGGAAGAGAGCGCGAAAACGACGGAAUUGACCGUGACUUUACACCAUGACACGCGGUACGAAGAAGCCGACUUAAAGCCGCUGCACAAAUUGCCAUCGCAUAUACUUUUGAAAAUUUUCGCCUCUCUGUUGUUAGAGAGGAAGGUAAUACUAAUCAGUUGCGUGAUAAGUAAGUUGUCAACCUGUGUGGAUGCUCUCCAGAGUAUUUUGUACCCGUUUUCGUGGCCGCACACCUUUAUCCCGAUUUUACCGCAGUGUUUGUGGGAGGUCGUCGAGUCCCCCACUCCCGUAAUAUGCGGGAUAUUGUCAGUGUCCGUGGUGAAUGAUCACAAAAUCGAGGACGGUAUCGUCGUCGACCUGGAUGAAUGCAGUAUAAUUAGCGAGGAGGGCGACGAAGACAGUAUUUUGUCCGACAGCAUGAAAAAAGCAUGGAACGAGGGAUACACUCUAGCUAAUAAAAUACCCCCCAACGAGUACGUGCAUUCAGUUUACUUAAGUGACGCCUAUGUGAAAGUCUUCAUUGUCGCUUUGAAGCAUUACAGAAGUCAUAUCGUCGGUGAUGGAUUCGAUAAAGAAAAUUUCAUCAAGAGCGCCAAGUCCAAAGGGAUUCGGAGAUUUUUGAAGUGGUUUACGGAAACGACGAUGUUUACGUCGUUCAUCGAUUCUGUGAUAAGUAGUACAGAAUGCUUUAACUCGUUCGAUAGGAAGAUCGAGAUGUAUGGAUCUGAUGAGUCUAAUAAAAUUUUGUCGAGGCUCCGAGAUUGGAAAAAAAAUUAGAGGGAUUUUAAAUGUGUCAUUACAUGUGGAAUUGCCAAUAUAAAUAUUAGGGUUAAGCAAUAAAUUAUUAUUUUUAAUUAUAUUUUUAUACCAAAUCAUUUGUAUAUAAAUAUAUUGCAUUGUUUAG